AACUGUGUGAAGAGGAUAACUACGCUAGAAGAUUUCGGCUUUGAUUAGCCUACAUUUGCAUAAAUGAAUGAGUCAAAAGUACAUUAUGAUUGGCACUGAGCCAGCACCGCGUUUUCAAUAGGACGCAGGCCGCGGCGGGAUAGUAAUGUACACCGAAUCGUACAAUCAUUACUCUUUACGCCAAAUAAUAUCUCUCCGCAUGGGCCUACCAUCAUCUUCUCGUCACUACUUUAUACCUUAUAAAGAAGGCGUAUGGGUGACAAAUGAAAAUUCGUAUAAAUAUACGGUGACAGUCUAAGUGCUCUAUGCACAAGAAAGAGACGGAAAUAAAGGGGUACAAGGAAGAGGACCAUGCCAGAGUCCUUUCAAGUAGCGCCUCAGCUUUCAUUCGAACAAGCCAAUCUUCAAAUUUACAUUCCUACAUCACUUCUAAGAAGGACAAGGUCAGGUACAGAUAAAGACGCUGCUCUAUACCUGUUCGGAUGGGCUUAUUGGGCGAAUGAGGAGCAGACUUUUUCAAUCGUCGUGAUAGCUGGGGUACUUACAAAGCAAGAAGUACUAAAAAACCAAUACCACUCUCAAGAUGCAUCGAAGGACUCAAACGAGAUAUGUCUACUUGGAGAAGUAAUCCCUCACAGCGUGUCACUUCAAAGACAUGGAGAAGCUGCCACUCACAUAGAUACUAGGAGCUCGAACGGGUCGACAGUGAAAGGACACCAAUCGGGAAUAUGGCUUAUGAUGAAGGAACCUGCUUCAAAAAGGGACAUUCCACAAUUGCAAUCCGUGCGAAUUGUAGCAAAGAAUGAAAGCUUAUCAUGUGCGAUCUCCACCGUCAUAUACGAAAUACCACGCCCUGAUCAGAUGCAAUACACGUCCUUGGAACCUAUGAUCUUACCACAAUCAUCUGGUGCAGAUGCAAGUCUGACUAGCCAUCAAAAGGAGUCAAUUCAAAGUCAAAGACUAGAGAGGCUUGUAGAUUUGGAUCCCGUACGCUUUGCAGAUCUCAAUCACAGAUACAAGGAUGGUACAGCUCCAGGUGAAGCGUUCCGGCAUUGUAUAGACUUGAUCAAUCAAGUGGCAUAUGCUCGUGAGGCGACAACAUCAUCCAAUCUUAAUUGGCAUGAUGCAAAAGUCAAGAGAUCGAAAGAAUCAAAGUUUGCAAAAAGCUGGGAAAUUGCCGCAAAAAGCGCACAGUCUAUACGGACACUGCUGACAUCGAGCAUUCAUCCAAGUAUUCCCGCUCUUGUCACAAUUUCAGCAUCAGCUCGUCAAUUGAGCUUGCGCUUAGGUCAGAUAUCGAUCUGGCCUUCCCUAGCACGCAGAUUGCGGCUAGCAAGAGUACGUGAGCAUCAACCUGUCUCACUGCUGGGACCGCAGUAUACUGCUCUAUACAAUGGCGUCUGGCUCGUUGCGAAUGAUCUGAUCGUCGGUCAAGCUGUCGGCCUUAUACUCUGUGACAGAAGCGAUCAAAUUGCGACCUUCUUGAAAGCGAAGCUUGGACCAAUACUAACAGUAGCAAUCAUCGAGACGCUGCAUUGGUUGGACAGCUGGCCUCUAGGCGUCAAGUUGAAUACUCCACUUUCACGAUUCUUUUGUGAUAUGUAUACUGGAAUGACGGAGAUAUGGUCUGAACAGGUACUGGCGAUAUUCAUGUCAGAUGGAUCGCAAGCUUUAUGUCGAUUGAUCUAUCUGAUAGGUAUAGCGACACGCUUUUUUGGUCUAUCAAUGAUGCUUUGUAUCGUUGUGGAUGUGCUGAAUCUGGUUACAUUCUACUUGAAUGUGUUUUAUCUCAUUCAAUGGCGAAUGUAUGCAUUCUUUUGCAGUUCGCUCACAUCGUUAUUCUACCUAUUCAGAGGCAAGAAACGGAAUCCUUUACGAAAGAUGCGUACCGAUUAUGCAACGUACGAUUUGGAUCAAUUGCUGCUGGGAACAAUCUUCUUUACAAUCUUGCUAUUUCUCUGGUUGACGGUAGCGACGUAUUAUGCGCUAUUCUCGUUCAUCAGGCUAUUCAAUGUCUCAAUCAUUGCCUUAUUGCAAACAGCCUUAGCGGUCAUCAAUCAUUUGCCGCUCUUUGCACUUAUGCUUAGAGUAAAAGAUCCUGCUCGUUUGCCAGGCGGAGUUGCGUUUCGAGUGAGAGAAACAAGGGAGUUAGAAACGUACAUACCAACUUCUCACUUUGAAAUGAUCAGUGUUCCUUUGGGUCUGUCUGACAUUUUUCGCGGUCAGGAGCGUCACGUUCAAAAUCUCUCUCGCUUACCGGGGUUGGCCUUUCAUAUCUUGAUUGGAAAAAGGAUAUGAGGAGAUCAUAAGUGAUAUAAAGUACAAAUGUAAAAUAUUGCAAUGUGAACAUACGAUACAAAGAGCUAAUCAAUUUUGAGCGUAGGCCCAUUUGAGCAUAGG